AGUAGUUGUUGGGCAUCUUUCAACGGCGACCUAAUUCAAUUGGUACCAGAAUAUGCACAGGCUGCUGUCAGUAUUCUACAGCGAUUAGGUCGUAUUCAAGUCAUCGAUAGAGAAAAUCAGAGAAAUUCUUUUUAGGGUUUUGAUCGGAUAGUUGAUGUCGGAGAACGGCAGCACAGUUAGUACGGCAAGCGGGCCGGAUUUUAACCUACCGAAUGAAAUACUGUCGGUGAUCCCCACGGAUCCCUAUGACCAGUUAGAUCUUGCUCGGAAGAUCACUUCAAUGGCGCUUGCAUCUCGCGUUUCUAAACUGGAAUCGGAGGCAGGACGGCUGAGGAAUAAGUUGAACGAGAAAGACCGUGUUAUUAUGGAACUCGAAGAUAAAGUCUCCGAACUUCAGCAAACAUGUCAUAACGUUCAGUUGCGGUUGCAGAUUACGCUUGAAGAUAAUUCGAAGCUUGCGGAGGAGAGAGAUUCGUUGGCUAUGGCUACUAAGAAAUUAGGGCGCGAUUUAGCCAAGCUGGAGACUUUCAAACGACAGUUAAUGCAGUCAUUGAACGACAAUGAGUCAACUAAAACAAGUGUGGAUAUAGGCACCUAUGACCAAUCUGCCCCUAGAGCUUAUCCAUCUAAAGAGGAGACAAAUGGCUAUAGAAAGCACCACUCUUUUAGUGGCUCUAUAGACGGUGGAAACAUCCCUGAUGAUGCCUCGAAACUUACUGGUCAAAGAUUUUCUGUGACACCGUAUAUGAGCUCACGUGUAACUCCCACUGAAACUCCAAAGACAAUUUCUACAAGUGUGUCUCCUCGAAGGUAUUCUGCUUCUGGUGCCACAUCACCAACAAAAAUUCAAUAUGAAGGGCGUGGUGGUACCAUGUCAUCAUGGUACUCAUCAAGCCAACAAUCUUCAGCUGGAAACUCUCCUCCUCGUGGGCCCCCAUUACCAGGCCGUGCCCCUAAGAUUGAUGGAAAGGAGGUAUUUCGUCAAGCAAGGAGUCGACUAUCUUAUGAGCAAUUCAGUGCUUUCUUAGCAAACAUAAAGGAGUUGAAUGCUCAAAAGCAAUCUCGCGAGGAGACUUUAAGGAAAGCAGAAGAAAUAUUUGGGAUUGAUAAUAAAGAUCUUUAUCUAUCAUUUCAAGGUCUACUAAAUCGCAACAAACAAUAAAAAUAUUAUUCGACAUAUAUGUAUUAUUAAAUAAGCUUGACAUUUUUGCCUAUAUAUAUGCUAAUGCAUAAGGUAAGAAAAACAUUUUGUGUGUA